AUGCAGAGAGAACAGUCCUCUGGUUCCGGUUCCGGUCCUGGUCAAGCAGAAAAAUGGUACAAAGUCCAUCUCUUCCGCGGCAUGCGAAGGGACGUCCAGCGCCGCAUCCCCUACUACUGGAGUGAUUGGACCGAUGCCUGGGAUUAUCGCGUCGUGCCGGCCACGGUGUAUAUGUAUUUUGCCAAUAUCCUCCCCGCACUGGCCUUCUCCCUCGACAUGUUCGAGAAAACCAACCAGAGCUACGGCGUCAACGAAGUCCUCCUGGCCUCGGUGUUGGCCGCCGUCGUCUUCUCGCUCUUUGCUGCCCAGCCCUUGGUCAUUGUGGGCGUCACCGGCCCGAUUACCGUGUUUAAUUAUACCGUCUAUGAUAUCAUUGCGAGUCGCGGCACGAAUUAUUUGGCGUUUAUGUGUUGGAUCGGGAUAUGGUCCCUCAUCAUGCACUGGCUCCUCGCCAUCACCAACGCCUGCAACGGCCUCACCUACGUCACCCGCUUCUCCUGCGACAUCUUCGGCUUCUACGUCGCCUUCAUCUACCUGCAGAAGGGCAUCCAGGUCCUCACCCGCCAGUGGGGCUCCGCCGGCGAGACCUCCGCCUAUCUCAGCAUCAUGGUCGCCCUGCUGGUGCUCAUGGGCGGCUGGAUCUGCGGCGAGCUGGGCAACAGCAGUCUGUUCACGCGUCAGAUCCGCAAGUUCCUCGAGGACUACGGCACCCCGCUGACCAUCAUCUUCUUCACGGGCUUCGUCCAUAUCGGCCAUAUGCGGGAGGUCGAGGUCGCGCGCCUGCCGACCAGCAAGGCCUUCUUUCCGACGGCCGAUCGGGGCUGGUUGGUGCAGUUCUGGGAUAUCAGUGUGGGGGAUGUGUUUUUGGCGAUUCCGUUCGCCGUGCUGUUGACGAUUCUGUUCUAUUUCGAUCAUAACGACAAAGUAUCCUCCCUGAUCGCCCAAGGUACCGAAUUCCCCUUGCGCAAACCCGCGGGCUUCCACUGGGACUUCUUCCUCCUGGGCCUAACAACCUUCGUCUCGGGCCUGCUGGGCAUCCCCUUCCCCAACGGCCUCAUCCCGCAAGCCCCCUUCCACACCUCCGCUCUCUGCGUGACCCUCGACCUCCCCGACACCGCCGACACCAACAAAGGCAAAACGGUGCGAACAACCUCGCACGUCGUCGAACAACGCCUCUCCAACUUCACCCAGGGCCUCCUCACCCUCGGCACCAUGACCGGCCCCCUCCUCCUCGUCCUCCACCUCAUCCCCCAAUCCGUCCUCGCCGGCCUCUUCUUCAUCAUGGGCGUCCAAGCCCUGCAAUCCAACGGCAUCACCCACAAACUCCUCUUCCUCGCCCAAGACCGCGCCCUCACCCCCAUCUCCAACCCGCUCAAACGCCUCAAACGCCGCCGGGCCGUCUGGGCCUUUGUUGUCGUGGAGUUGGUCGGCUUCGGCGCGACCUUUGCCAUCACGCAGACGAUUGCGGCGAUUGGUUUCCCCGUCAUCAUUCUGGCGUUGGUCCCCGUUCGGGUCCUCCUUUUUCCGGGGUGGUUUGGCAGGGAGGAGUUGGGGGUGUUGGAUGCGCCGACUGCCGGGGAGUUUGUUAUGCGGAGUGUGGGGGGGGCGCAUGGGGGGAGUGAGAGUGGGAGUGGGAGUGGUGUUACUGUCCGCGAUCUGAACCUGGAGAUGUAG